AUGGGAUGUACACUGAGCGCAGAGGAGAGAGCCGCCUUGGAGAGGAGCAAAGCGAUCGAGAAAAACCUCAAGGAGGAUGGGAUCACCGCCGCCAAAGACGUGAAAUUACUCUUGCUAGGGGCUGGAGAAUCUGGGAAAAGCACCAUUGUGAAGCAGAUGAAGAUCAUUCAUGAAGAUGGUUUCUCCGGAGAAGACGUGAAGCAGUACAAGCCUGUGGUCUAUAGCAACACUAUUCAGUCACUGGCAGCUAUCGUCCGUGCCAUGGAUACCUUGGGCAUUGAAUACGGUGAUAAGGAGCGAAGGGUAGAAAGAGAAAUAUUAUACAGUUUAUCAUGCAGCUUGGAAGAAGGCACGGGGCCCUUCUCUCCAGAGCUGCUGUCAGCUAUGAUGAGACUCUGGGCAGAUUCUGGAAUCCAGGAGUGCUUCAACCGGUCCCGGGAAUAUCAACUUAAUGACUCUGCCCAAUACUACCUAGACAGCUUAGAUCGAAUCGGAGCUCCAGACUACCAGCCAACAGAGCAGGAUAUACUUCGAACCAGGGUCAAAACAACCGGCAUUGUAGAAACCCAUUUCACAUUCAAAAACCUCCACUUCAGGCUGUUCGAUGUGGGAGGUCAGAGGUCAGAACGUAAGAAAUGGAUCCACUGCUUUGAGGACGUCACAGCGAUCAUUUUUUGUGUCGCGCUGAGUGGUUACGAUCAGGUGCUCCAUGAAGACGAAACCACGAACCGCAUGCAUGAAUCAUUGAAGCUGUUUGACAGCAUCUGUAACAACAAAUGGUUCACAGACACAUCCAUCAUCCUCUUUCUAAACAAGAAGGACAUAUUUGAGAAGAAAAUUAAGAAAUCUCCAUUGACUAUCUGCUUUCCGGAGUACACAGGCUCUAACUCUUUCACCGAGGCCGUGUCCUACAUCCAAUCUCAGUACGAGAGCAAGAACAAGUCCCCCAACAAGGAGAUCUACACGCACAUCACCUGUGCCACUGACACCAACAACAUCCAGUUUGUCUUUGAUGCUGUUACGGAUGUCAUCAUCGCCAACAACCUGCGUGGAUGCGGACUCUACUAA